AAAUAAACUAAUUAGUUUUAAGAUGAUUAAAAAAACGUCUAUUGAUAGAAAAGCUAUUUAUGAUCUAUUCCAAAACAUAGACCUACUAUUUGCUUAAUCAUUAUUAACAAGUUCCUUUCCAUUUAUGCAUUGUAUACCAGACUAACCAUAAAUUGAGAACAUUUUGAACAGAGUGGAUGCAGAAUCAGUAUAAAAUAAAGGUAUAUGGACAGAAGCUUAGGAUCAAUAUUUAAAAAUAAUAGUCCUUGGAACUUGCUUAAAGACCAGAACACGACCAUUUGAUUUGGUAAUAAAUAGUGCUUUAUAAAUAUAGUCAACAUUAUAAUGGGAUUAAAUCUCUAGAAUAUUCAAAUUGCAUAAUUGGAAGGCAUGUAGAAAUAGAUGGUUAAAUGAAAAACACAAAAAAGUUAACUGGACUCCUUAAGAAGAUUAAAUGCUUGUGCAAUUAUAAUCAUUACAUCCAAAUAAAUGGUGUGAAAUAGCAAUAGAAUUAAUGAAAAUUUGUUAAACGCCUUAUAUUCGAUUAGGAAAAUAAUGCAGAGAUAGAUGGGUUAAUAAACUAGACCCAAAAAUAUUAAAGUAUGAAAAUUUAAAAUUUAAUAAAAGUAUACCAUGGUAUAAAGAAGAAGAACUAAGAUUAUUUUAAGAAGUUAAGAAAAGAGGAAAACGAUGGGCUGAUAUAUCAGCUUAAGUAUUUAAAUUUAGAAGAACAGAAAACACAAUCAAAAAUAGAUUUUACAAUUUAUUAAAAUAAGAAGAAAAUAGAUAAAGAUUAGGUAGAGUACCUAAAGAAGAAAGAGAUAUUCUAUUAAUUGAUUCUGUUAUUGAAACAUUAACAAGAGAUUUGAAUAAAUAUGAUAAAUCCACAAGUCAAAAUGAAGUCAAAGUUGAUAAUAAGAAUUUUAAAUUUUUGGAAUUAGAUUAAUCAGACCUUGAUGAAAUAGUAAUAAUUAAACACAAAAAAAUUGAAAAAAUAGAAAAUCUAUGA